GCUUUUCCUCUUUGUUUAUGGCAUUGGACAGGCGAAGGCACUGACGGAGUCCUAGCGAGCGAGACGUUUGCCUGUGGAUUUGGGAUUCUACCUUCAGUGCUGAGCAACCCCUGCUUGCCGUUGCCUCCCACAACUCCAGCCCCCUGACAUGGCUGGGCUCUUACGGCUCCAAGCCUUCUGAGCACGCAACCCGCCCUCCUCUGUUAGGGCAUUUUAUGUUGUGUUCACUUCUUCUAUGCACUUCCUUUUUGCUGUCCUUAGAGGUUAGUGUACGAGGCUUUUAAUGCAUGGGAGAUGGGUCAGGACCAGACAAAGCAACAGACAGAGAAAGGACUCCAUCUUUACCAGUCUAAUCAGACCGAAAAGGCCCUGCGAGUCUGGAUGAGGGUUUUGGAGAAGUCUGCGGAUCCUGCUGGCAGGUUUCGGGUUUUGGGUUGCCUCAUCACUGCUCAUGCAGAGAUGGGCAGGUACAAAGAUAUGCUGAAGUUUGCAGUGGUACAGAUUGACACAGCACGGGAGCUGGAAGACCCAGAUUACCUUACAGAGAGCUACCUAAACCUGGCUCGCAGCAACGAGAAACUCUGUGAAUUCCAGAAAACAAUCUCGUACUGUAAGACAUGCCUGAACAUGCAGGGCACCACUGUGAGCCCGCAGCUGAACGGCCAGGUGAGCCUCAGCAUGGGCAAUGCCUUCCUGGGCCUCAGCAUUUUCCAGAAGGCUUUGGAGUGCUUUGAGAAAGCCUUGCGCUACGCACACAACAACGAUGACAAGAUGCUGGAGUGUCGAGUCUGCUGCAGCCUCGGGAACUUCUACGCCCAGAUAAAGGACUACGAGAAAGCCUUGUUCUUCCCAUGUAAAGCGGCUGAGCUGGUGAAUGAUUAUGGAAAGGGCUGGAGCUUGAAGUACCGUGCAAUGAGCCAGUAUCACAUGGCAGUGGCCUAUCGGAAGCUGGGGCGCUUGGCGGAUGCUAUGGACUGCUGUGAGGAGUCCAUGAAGAUUGCCCUGCAGCAUGGUGACCGGCCUCUGCAAGCUCUGUGUCUGCUGUGCUUUGCAGAUAUCCAUCGCAGUCGCAAAGAUGUGCAGACAGCCUUUCCUCGGUAUGAUUCCUCCAUGAGCAUCAUGACAGAGAUUGGAAACCGCCUGGGCCUGAUCCAGGUGCUGCUAGGAGUGACUAAGUGCUGGAUGAUCCAGAAGGAGCUGGACAAGGCUCUGGAGAGCAUUGAAAAGGCACAGGAGCUGGCAGAGGGGCUAGGGAACAAGCUUGGCCUGCUGAAGCUCCACUGCCUGUGUGAAAGGAUCUAUCGCACAAAAGGGCAGCAGCGAGAAUUGCGUGACCACGUAGUGAAGUUCCAUGAGUGCGUGGAGGAGAUGGAGCUGUACUGUGGCAUGUGCGGAGAGUCCAUUGGGGAGAAGAACAACCAGCUCCAGGCGCUGCCUUGCUCCCACUUCUUCCACUUAAAGUAA